UCCCAGGACGUGCCUCAUUCCCAGCAGAGCCCGGCCGCAUAUAAAAGCUUUCAGCCCCGGCUCUGUCCUCAGGACUCCGAUUCCCUGCUCAGCCCGUCCGUUUCUGCUCGCAGGGAUGCUCCAGCACAAAGAUUGCACCGACCACGACCUGUGCCAGCACCGCUCGGGCUGCGGCCACAAGGGCUGGACACGGCCCAGCUCCGCCGGGCACUGCCACGACCCCCCCGAGAUCUGCCCCAACCCCGGCAGCCUCAGCCACGACACCGAGGGCUCCAGCCAGAGCCCGCCCCGGGGCUGCCACCCGGGCGAGCUGUGCCCGCCGCGGCCCUCCUGCUGCCCAGCCCCGCAGAGCUGCAAGCCCCGGCGGCGGGUGGAGGUGAGCCCGGUGCCCCCCGUGUGCCCCCCGCCCGUGAAGAUCCACCGCCGGCCGCUGGAGCAGCACCGCCCGUGCCCGCCGUGCCCGGAGCCCGACUCGUGCGGGAAGCCCCGCAGGCGAGUGGAGCAGCGUCCCGAGCAGGAUGAGGAGCCUCCGGUGGUCCUGCAGCCCCCGCCGCUGCAGCAUCGCUGCCCCCGGCCCGUGCCCUGCUGCCCCCGGCCCGUGCCCUGCUGCCCCCGGCCCGCCCAGCGCUGCUGCCCACCCGCUGUUCCCCUGCCACCACACCCGUGCCACCAGCAGCAGAAGCAGGUCACGCUGGUGCCGCUCUGCGUGAAGAACUGAGCCCACGGACCCCUCCCCACUCCUGGCUGGGCUGGGGGGGGUUCGCCCCCGGCCCAAGGGAUGCUCCCAGAGCCGCUCUGGGCUCGCUGCUGCUCUUUGCACGUCAGAUUUGGGGAUCCCCUGCUUGCCCCCAGCACCGACACUUUAAAUUCGGGGUGUCCUCCCCUGCCGGGCUUUGGCUCUCCCUGGGGAGCAGCAGGGGGGGUUCCCCCUCCUGAGGGCACUCGGACACGGAGGAACCGCCACGGAUCUGCUCUCCCGGGUUU